AUGAUCAGAGAGUCGAAUUACACGGAGAUUCACUGCCGCGAGCUGGAGUUGGGCAUUACAGCAGUGUCUGCUGGUUCGCCUCUGCUUUGGGUGGAUGAUGAAAUAUUCAAUGAGGACUUCUCGAUGCAAGGGUUGAUGCAAGAUGCUCAGACACAGACUUGCAACGAAGUGAAGUUUAUCCUCAAGCCCAGCACAGAGCUUGCAGAGGCAUACCUGCAAUCGCCCUUUGGACAACAUCACCUUGCAAGGCCAGAUUCAGCCCUGCGUGUGAUGUCGGACAUGACACGCCACGGCGACGGACGUGCCGGUGCAAAAUUGGUGAAGAUGUUGCUGGAGACCUUUCUUUUCCGAGGACCGAUCCUGAUUUUCAUCACAUUGACUGAGGAGUUCGGGGGCUGGAGGAGGGGGGCUGCCAGCGCCCCAUUGGAAGGCCUUCUGAACUAA